UGAGCGCGCGCCCGCGAGUAGCGGCCAGACUAACGCGUGCGGGGGCGGCAGGGCGGGGCGCGAGGAGCCGCAGCGGAGGAGGCGGCGGUGGCGGCGGGAGAUGCGGGUGGCUGCGGGCACCCAGCAGGCUGGGUUUGGCCGCCGCCGCCUUCUCCGGCUCCGCCGCGGUUGUCGCCGUGGCUGCCGCGCCGUCCCCCAGGUCCCGGCGUGAGGAGGUGGCGGGUGGACAGCAGCAUCGUGUUCGCGGCGGAGACCCGGAGGGAGCCCCGCGCGCGGCCUCGCUCAUUGCUAUGGACAGUGCCAUCACCCUGUGGCAGUUCCUCCUUCAGCUCCUACAGGAGCCUCAGAACAAGCACGUGAUCUGCUGGACCUCCGACAAUGGGGAGUUCAAACUUCUGCAAGCAGAAGAGGUGGCCCGGCUCUGGGGAAUACGAAAGAACAAGCCUAAUAUGAAUUACGACAAACUCAGCCGAGCCCUCAGAUACUAUUAUGUGAAGAAUAUCAUUAAAAAAGUGAAUGGUCAGAAGUUUGUGUACAAGUUUGUCUCUUACCCAGAGAUUUUGAACAUGGAUCCAAUGAAGGUGGGCAGGAUUGAAGGAGACUGCGAAGCCUUAAGCUUCAGUGAAGUCAGCAGCAGUUCCAGAGAUGUGGAGAAUGGCGGGAAAGAGAAACCACCUCCGCCUGGUGCCAAGACCUCUAGCCGCAAUGACUACAUACACUCUGGCUUAUAUUCUUCAUUUACUCUCAACUCUUUGAACUCCUCCAAGAGGAAGCUUCUCAAAUCUAUAAAGAUUGAGAAUCCAGCUGAGAAAUUGGCAGAGAAAAAAUCUCAGGAGUCAACGCCGUCUGUCAUUAAGUUUAUAACAACACCUUCCAAAAAGGCACUAGUUGAACCUGUUGCGGCCACCAUUUCCACCAACUCAAGUGUUUCUCCAUCUUCGGAAGAAACUAUCCAAGCGUUGGAGACUUUGGCUUCCCCCAAACUGCCUUCCUUGGAAGCACCAGCCUCUGCCUCCAGCAUAGCUCCCGCUUUUACCGCCACACCUGUGUCGUCUGGGUCCCCUUCCUUUCAGGAGCCUCCUAGGACGCCUUCGCCACCACCGAGUUCCAACCCAGACAUUGACACAGACAUCGAGUCCGUGGCUUCUCAGCCAAUGGAACUGCCAGAGAACUUGUCACUGGAGCCUAAAGACCAGGACUCAGUGUUGCCAGAAAAGGACAAAACAAAUAAUUCAUCGAGAUCCAAGAAGCCCAAGGGGCUAGAGCUGGCCCCCAUCCUCGUGAUCACGGGCAGCGACCCGAGCCCCCUGGGGGUACUGAGCCCAUCUCUCCCCACAGCUUCUCUCACGCCAGCACUUUUUUCACAGACGCCCAUCUUACUGACUCCGAGCCCCUUGCUCUCCAGCAUCCACUUCUGGAGCACCCUCAGCCCCGUUGCCCCCCUCAGUCCAGCCCGACUGCAAGGUGCUAACACGCUUUUCCAGUUUCCUUCUGUUCUGAACAGCCAUGGGCCAUUCACUCUGCCAGGCCUGGAUGGACCUUCCACGCCUGGCCCAUUUUCCCCAGAUCCUCAGAAAACAUAACCUAUGCACUUGCAGAAUGCGAGAACCAAGGACUAAAGAAACAGACACUCAGCAUGAUUGCAUUUGGAGUGAGCAAUCGAUAGUUCUACAGUGCUGAUGAUAGACUAGAGUGAUUUUUGCCAUUCCCGUUGAAAUGCCUUUUUAGGAUUCCCUUCCAAUAAGACUCAAGUUGGAUUGUGUUUAAAAAUGCCUUAAUUGGAGUCCAAACUCCACCUCCCUUUCUUUCCCUCUUUUCUUUUUCUAAAGAAUAUUUUGGGCUUUGUAAUAAAGACGUUUUGGUGAGGUUUAGCAGCUAGUUAUGCUUUGCAAGAACAGUUAAGAACAAAGUUACUCCUUCUGCCUUAUUGGGAUCGUUUGGCCAGAAAAAAAAAAUUAUAGUUUGAGUAUAUUAUUUAAAGAAAUAUUAGUUAAAUGAAAUUGGCCAUAUCUCUAAGACUAAGUGUGCUCCGUUGAAUGACUAAAAGUGAGCUAUGCAUAAGAAAUAGGGGGAAAAGAAUAACUUCUGUUCACAUAAAGGAAGAUUGGAGUGGUACUAUUGCGGUGAUUCUAUUUUGCUGUGUACUCUAACAUACAUAAAGCAACUCCACAGAGAGGCAUCGUAUUCACAUUUUUUCAGGGUGGGUCCCGCAGCCACACGAGCGGCCUCGUCUGAACCUGGCAAGAGGGCAUGGAGGCAGCCUGUCUCCACACGGGGAGGUUUUUAAACCUGGGGUUUCAGACAGUGUUGGAACAGCCAGUGAGAAUGUGGGGCCUCGUAUCUAGCACAGAAACCUUGGCUGCUCUUUGGGUGUUUGGCUACACACCCACGGAAUACAGCAUGGCAAAUGACGGCUUUUAGGAGAACAUACCCAGGUUUUGAAAUUUUGAGGCAUCACAAACUAAAAGGUUGAAUUGAAUAACUCAAAACAACAUAUAGGACUUUUCCCAGUUGGAAAAUACCCAGCAUGAAGGACCCCUUCCUCUUUUCUUUUCAUUUUAUCUCAUUUUCUACUGUAUAGUUAUCUUCUUUUCAAUUUAAGGUCGUGAGAGGUCAUGAUAGUUUUAAAGAUGUAAUUAGGAAGAUGAAAAGUGGAGAGAGGCCUCCAAAUCCAUAGUAAGGUAAAGAUCUGCUUAUUUCUUUGAAAUUUUCUUUUAAAAUUAGGAACAGAGUUCAUUUGGAAAGCCUCAUGCAUAGGGAUUACAUUGUUCAUGUUAGUAGGGAAAAAUGUAGGCCUUUGUCUCUGUAUUACCAAAUUCAUAAAAUGUUACCUCAUGGUAGUCAAUGCCAGGUGCGGACAGCUUUGUUGAUCCCCGCCCCUCCAAAAUGAAUGGAUACCAGCGUCUCAGUGGAAUCUUUUGAAAGUCCUGACUUUGAAGUCCAGGAUUAGACAUUACAUACAGCCACUGCCCCCCGCCACCACUGUCCAUUAAACUAGUCUUACAACCCUAGAAAUAGUUCCUGUAGUUCAAGCGCAUGAACUAAAUGAAUGAGGGAGUAGAGACUUGAGGGCUCAAAUGACACCGAUACAAAUGAGCAUCUUCCAGAUGUGUAAUAGUUUGAAUGCGUUUAUACACAGUGUGGAGAAGGUCCAGUGUGUGACUCCUGUGCUAGUUCAGUAAUAGCGGAGGGACGCUAUUCAGGAAGCUGCCUUUGAAUCUGUAGUGUUGGAGGCCUGUUACUGCUUCAUGUGUGUUUCGCAGCUGAAAGGUCUGUUCCUGAGAAGUGCAAUAGUAGCGUUGAAAGGUAGUACUGGUGAGGGACAGACUGCCUGGACUUUUUCCCAUAUUGAGUUAUUUAUGCAUGCCUGUUUGAAAUUAGACCUCUCAGCAGCACUUUGGAAUAGUUUUAUCAAUACUAGGUUGAUUAACAUUUUGUACAUUAAAUUAAGUAAAUAUUGAUGGAUUGACUUCACUAGAUAUUUAACAUUUUGAAAGCACAAAAAAUAUUUUUAUCUUUUGGUAUUAAAGGAGAAAAGCCAUUGGUUUGUUUUCCCAGAUGAUAUCUUUAAUAAUUAACUGUCUGUGCCUGGGAAGUGAGGACACCAUUAAAACUGAGUCAAAGCAACUUCCUGGAACGAGUUUCAGUGCGUCCUCUGUCUGUACAUCAGUCCUGGAAGCCUCUGAGAGGUAGGGCCAUAGGAGGCCGGCGAUGAUCUGCUUUCUCUCUGCACUGUUAACCUGGGGAAGCUUUUGUGUGUGUACAUGUGUGUGUGCCUUUUUUUUAAAUGGAAGUUUACAACCGUAGCUGAAGUGUAUGAGGCAGACCGUUCUGUUUGUGAACUACCUCCUUCCUGGAACAGUAUCAGCUUUGCAUUUUUGAACAUCCCCAGAGUUCUUAGAAUCCAGAGGUGACAUGCCACUUAACGUCAGUAUUCACUGGGGAGACACAUUUGGUAGCUGUAGCUGGUAUCCAUCACUAGUCGCCUUGCCAGGAUGAAUGUGGUGGACAAAAGUAGCCUGAGGUAAGAUGGGGAGCAGGUUGAAUGAGUUGUUGAGGCAUCUGCUGUGGUUAUUUUAGCUUUCGGUCUGCUCUGGUCCAUACCUACUCAGUUGUACGCUGGAAAACGCCUAACUACCAGGCCCUCUAACGGGAAAUGGAGCGCUUGCAUCAUAGCAUUUGCUGAUUUCUGUGAUGUGAAUUACUCCCCUUGUGGCUGAAGCUGCCACCUUGGUGCUGAGAAGGGAUGUGUACAGCGCAUGCCCAGCCAGCAGCCACUGCAUUUAUCCCACCCUGGGGUGGGUUGUUGCAUAAUUUCUAAAGCAUUUUUUUGUUCAUGUGCUGAUUUUUAAAAUUACAAAAUUAAAAUCACAAGUCUGACUUCAGUAAUCUUUUUUUUUUUUUUUUUUAAUGGUUUGUUACAGUGCUUUUGUGAUGUUAGAUUCCUCAUGGAAUAUUUUGUGUUUUCAAACACAGAUGGAAAUAGCAUUGAUUUUUAAAAACUUAUAAUUAAUGGAAGAAUCCAGAAACCCUCAAAAUGUCGAUCUUAAGCUUCUUAGAGUUAAAAUACAGGUUUAACUUUUCUACUUUUUAUGCUUAGAAAAUUGAUGUGAAUUUUUUGUCUUCAAGUUUUGAUCCCCAUGAGCCUAUAUAAUAAAAGGGUACUGGAUUUUUUUCUUUUUAAACUGAAAGAAUUCCUUGAAGACUUACAUACUAUUUUAAAGAUCAAAAAGGCAGGACUGAGUGUUGUUGAAUCUGAUUACCUGGCGCAGUUUCUAGUUUUCUCCAUUCUAUGAGUCACUGAGGCUGAGAAGGGAAAAGAAAUCAGAGGCUUGGAUUCUGGAGCUGGAACAGCAGGCUCCUGAGAGCAUUACUUUCACACUGUUCACACUUGGCCUUGCAUGGUGUCCAGUCUAAUGACAUUGUUUCAUCCUGAUCUCCGAACUUGUGUUAAUGAUUCUAAAGUUCUAAACGUCAGUUUUGUGUGUGUUUCCUGUGAAUUUAAGCACAUUCGAGACACUCGUUGACACUUCAGAAAGGCAGUCUCUAGCCUUUUUGCAUACACACCUUGAUCAGUAAGAGUUUUUGAACACAAGUUCCUUAUUGUAAAUUCAUAUGUAUAUAUGUUAAGUUGUAUACUGCUCUACUAAAGUAGUAUGUGCGUUUUAAGACAUUCACAAAAACAGAAAUAGGAUGGCUUAACAAGUAAAUGUUGAGUCGAAGUUCUGCUCUUUCUACCUGCACCCAGGAGCUUGUCUGGCAACAUGCACUCUAAAGACCAUUGACUCGGAAUAUUGCUUCUCAGUCUAAUCUUGGGAAAAAGACAGGGAUGCUUUUGUUGUGAUGUAUGGAGAAAUCCUUUACAUAUUUGGUCUGAUUUUCAUGUAAAAUCUCUAGCUUUAGAAUUUUUCAGGAGAGCUUGUCAUCAGUUUUCUGAAAUGUCAUGUUAAUUCUUUUUCCUAAGUUACCAAGCAGCCCAUUACCAAAUGUUUUCCAGAGCUUCAUGCGUGUUAUUUUGGGCAGCCUGUUGUCUCUUCACAUUAGGUAUGACUCUGUGAUGUACUUUUAUUUUACUAGCCUGCUUACAAACUUCUUUCAGUCGCACUAGUGUUACAUUUUACCAACAAAUCCAGAAUUAUUUCAAAUUGCUUUAUGUUAAAAUACAUAAUAACCUCCAUUUUAUUGCUGCAUUAGUAAGUUUUGUUUUGUUUUGUUUUUUGUAAUAUUUCAGCAUCUGAAGAAAUACUUUUCUUGAUGGGUCUGUUCUAUGUAUCACUUCAUUUAUUUUUUUAUCUAUGCCAGAAACCUAGAAUUGUGUUGAGGUGCCACUUAGGUAUGUAAACAAGUACAGAGACAAACACAGGUCUCUGUGCAGAAACCUGGAGCUCUGAAGAAUUACCAAACCAACAGGAAAGUGAAAAAAACUCAUGAUGUAUACAGUCUGUUAUCUGAGGGUGUGACAGAAUAUAUUAUUUCUGAGAAGGAAUUGAGAAGUUAAUUGUUUAAUCCAUAGUAAUGAAGUAGAGGUAAACCAUAGUUGUAUUUCUUCAGCAGGUACUCUGACCAGAGAAUGGGUUCUGUGGAAAGUAUUUUGUUUAUUACCUUCUUGGUUUUGGGUCAGCAAGUAAAUGUUUUGUUACUGUUUUUAAUGCUGCUGGCAUAGCCUGAAACCAGGCGCUCUGUUAUUCCUCUUAGGUCAUCAGAAUUCUGCUUACUGAAGUCAGUGUUUUAAUCGUAGAAUCUAGAAAUCUUGUGGGUGGUAGUGUAUUAAGCAAGAAAAGAAGGCGGUUUGAUUUCAUUUCUCACACUUGGUGGAACCUGUUAGUUUAAAAGUCAUGUUUUGACCUGUGAACAGAGCAGGGCUGAAAGGGGUUGCUGAUGUAGUAUAAAUGUUCCAUUCGAAGCUGCCAGUUUCUUCAAGCUCCUUUUCUGAAGAAGGAAAAAAAAAAGUGAUAGAUUGAUAGCCUGCCAGAAAAGAGCAAUUUCUAGGGUGCUGCCAUGCACACCUGGCCAUUGCGAAAGGCGGCAGCCCAGAGGGGUGCGAGUCAGGAGGGAACGCACAGAAACCAGGAGUUCAGACUGUCGUUAACAUCAUUUAAAAUGAAACCUUGAACCAGAAAGUUCGUAAGGGAUACAAUCAAACAUAGUAAAUCUCUUGAACUCUAGUCUUUUGAGUAUCAUAUACAUCAGGAAGUUUUAUGAGGUUUAAAAUUUUAUUUUUAAAUAAUAAGGAAACGAGCAUUUCUUUCCAAGUAUGUUGAUUUAUUAGCUGAGUACAUGUGUGUUUAUAUAUACUGAUAUAUUGCCUGAGAGAGAGAGAGAGAGAGAGAGAGAGUGUGUGUGUGUGUGUGUGUAAAGUAAACCUGUUUUUCAGAGGGAACAUAUUCAUCCUCUAGGAUGGCUCCUAGGCUAUUUUAUACUAAAACUUAAAAAAAUUGGCGCACUUUGCAAUUGCCACUUUUUAAAAAUUAAUGCCUUGCACAUUUCAGUUUUUUAAAAUGCAUAAAAUCAUAUGGCUUAAAGACUUAAUUGCUUGCCAGCGUUUUAGAACUACGGCGCUAUAUGUCACCUAUGCUAAACAAAGGCAACUUCCACUCUAAGUUCAUGUAUUAUUGAGGAUGUCCUUUCUUAAAAUUUCUACUUUUACUUUUGCUUUUGUGUAGAACCCUUAUUACUUUGGGUUCUGAGUGUCUUAGAGGAGAGGUUUAUGUAAGAAGUAGUAUUUCUGAAAUACCGAUUUGACCAUGGAUUAAUGUGAUAGUGGAGGAAUUCUGGCAUUGUAGCCUAAUUUAUCCUUUUUAACUGUACAUAAGAAGUAUUAGCAGAAACCUCAGAGUAUCUUGGGCUGAAUACUCUCCACUCUGCCUUGUUUUCCACCUCAUAAGGGCCUGUCCUCGUUCUCGUCCCUUCUAGGGAUGCUGAGCGAAGCUAGGACAGGCCUGGAAUCUUCUGGACGUGGGCGGGGGGUGGGGGUGCCCUGUGGCUGGGCCGGACUCCUAGCAAUGGAAUCAUUCAAGGGCGCCUCGAGUUCAGGGUGGGAUGCCAUCUGUCGGUGUUCGAUGACUUGGCACUUUUUGGGGCGCCAUUAUUAGCACUGUUUUAUUUUUAAUAACUGGAAGCACUUAAUGAUUUUUUUGUUAGUUUAAUUUCAAAUUAUGGGUAUUGUGGGUCAGGGAAGUAAGGUUUAUUUCUCAUUUAUGUUUUCUGGGACUUCAGACUGUUUGGAGAAGGGGUAAAUGGAUUAGCUAAUGAGCCUUUCUUCUAGACUCUGUAAGGUAUGCUGUUUUGGCUAAGAGGUUUUAAAAUAAUUAACAAGCUUUAAUAUUCUGCUUUGUAGAAAUGUAUGUCUUAAUGAUUUGCAAUUGAUGUAUUAUACUUAACUUUGUAAACUAUCCAAUUUUAAGUUUAAUCAUUUUUCUGUUUAAUUGUUUUCUGUUAUCUAGGGAACACAGUUCCUUUUAAGACAUUUCAUACUUUUUGUUUUUGAGGGCAGUGGUACCAGUGGCCUUGUAUGUACAUACCAUUCAUUGCGCAUAUGAUAAAGUAGCAUAUUUGAUAAACUUCCCUGCUCAGUGUCAGUGAAAUUAAGAUGCAUAUAUGUAAAGACAGAAAUCAAUACAAUUAAUUUUUGAUUACUUAGGCCUGUUUAUUCAGUUUGGCCAUUCAGCCUUCUCUAAUUAUAGGCAUACCUGUUUCUUCACUUUUGCCUUCUAGCAGUUUAAUUUAUCUUUCUGGGUAGGGGAGAUUUUAUGUGAAACUCAGUCCAGUCAUUUUGCUACUGGCUAGCUUUGGUUUGAAAAUUUUUUAAUAAAUUAGUUUUUUUAAAUUACGCCCUUUAUUCACCAAAUAAUCAAGUUGGCUAAAAAUAAAAAACAUGUAACUCUGUAUUUUGAAGAACAAUUUUUUAUGAGCCCAACUGGAUCUUCAAGUGUGGACAUCACUUGAAAAUUAAAUGAUGUUAAAUAAUAAACUUUUUAUUUUUAUCCACCCAAUCUAUAAUUCAGAAGAAAAGCCUGCUGUGGUGUGAGCACAGAAGAGAUGCAGUUUUAAUGUUGGUGUCUUAGCGUCAGAACAGGUGGCAACAGGAAUUCAUCAGGGUGCUUCCCUUACACUUAGAUCGACUCAACUGAGAAGACAGUUACUUCAUUUUUUGGUUUCCCCUCUUGUGUAUUUUAUUGAAAUCUUUCAUAAUAUCCAGGAUCCACCAUUUUUGUAUAAAUAGAAUACUUAUAUAUAAAAUGCAAGUGCACACCUACCCACAGGAAAGAAGAACUGUUCAAGCGUCAUUAGUAACUUGUCUCAAUUUCAGUGUAACUUACAUUAGGGAGACUUUGAAAGUUUUAAAAUCACUUUUUUUCUUCUUUUCUUUUUUCUUAAAAAAAAUUGAAAUGAUAACUGCUAACAUUUGUUAAAAUUGUUAAUAAAUUGAAAUUUUUAAAUUUCAAUUUAAAAUUGAAUAAUAUUGAAAGUUGUAACUGAGAGAAACUGCCAUCUCUUCCAGCCAGGCAGUCUGACUGAACUAACCUGCUGGGAAACAAAGGGACGUUGUUUCAGAGUUGAUUGGGACAACUGUCACUAGAGUUCUGAGUUCUGUUUAUUUGCAACAAGGAACUUUACACCAAGCUUAGGUGCGUAAGGGAGUGGGUGCGCCAGCGCCUUGAGGGCUCUGUAGUGCGCUGCUGUGCAAAGACAAAACGUGUUCCUUCCGACAUGGUAAUGGUUGCUCUGAAUAACUGAUCAGGUGAUCAUUUUUUUCCUAUUGCUUCAGAUUUUAUGCAGAAAUUUUGUUAAAUUCUGUAAUGGUGAUAUGUAUCUUAUUAGGAAAAUGAUACAUUAAAAAUAUUUUAUGUAAGAACUGACAGGAAUUUGCUUUGUAUAAUGGCUAUCUGGCUUUAAGAAAGCACUGUAGAAAAUUUACUAAAGUCCAAAGUUAUAUAGAUAUGUUAAUAGAUAUAUGU